GCCUUUCUCCUUCCCGGCUGCGCCGCAGCUCCAGCUGUGCCGGUCUGCCAGAUGUGCCCGCAGGAACUUGGCGGCGCCGGGCACCCAGACGCACACGCCGGUCGGGACGAAGGCGGCGAGCUGCCGGCACGCGCGGGGCCCGGGGCCGGCGGGAUGAACCCCAGCGCGCCCCUUCCUCCGGCUUCCCGAAGGACAUAGGAAAAGGAGAGCGGCGGCGGCCGGGCACCACGUCCCCCUCCGGGGAUGGAGCAGUUUGUCCGCAAGCGUUUGACCUUCUUGACAUCCUUCUGGAACAAGCUGUGGCCCCGCUCCGGCCCGGAUAGCUGCUCGCUGGGGUACUUUGGUUCCGAUUCUGUUUCGCUGCACUCGGAGCCCAGCUCGGUUUCCUUCAUCCCAAAGUCCUCUCUCUUUAUCGCUUUAUACGCUUUCACAGCCCGCAGUGCAGACGAACUGAGCAUAAGCGCAGGGGACAAACUGCGUGUCCUCAGAGAAGAAGGAGAGUAUGUCUUAGCCCGGAGGCUGCUGGGGGAACCGGCCAUGGGUUACGUCCCCGCCGCCUACGUGGCCAACCUCAGCCAGGGCUCCUCCGCUCACCGGCCCUGGUAUUUCAGCAAGAUCAGCCGCAGCGAGGCUGAGCAGCUCCUCCUCUCGCCUCCCAACCAGCACGGCUCCUUCCUCGUCCGGGACAGCGAGAGCAACAAGGGCGAGUACUCUCUCUCAGUGCGUAACCACGCCAAAGUCAGCCAUUUCCGCAUCUGCAAGAGCCCCGGGGGCAGCCUGUACAUCCAGAAGGGGCACCCCUUCCCCGACAUGGAGGAGCUCCUCGCCUUCUACACCGAGAACUGGAAGGUCAUCCAGAGCCCCUUGCUGCAGCCGUGCAGCCCCACAACCCCCCCCGAGAGGGACGGCUGGGAGCGCCCGCGCUGGGAGUUCACCCUGCGGAGGAAGCUGGGCGAGGGCUACUUCGGAGAGGUGUGGGAAGGGCUGUGGAGGAACUCCGUGCCGGUGGCCAUCAAGAUCAUCAAAGCUGACAUGAAGGCAGAAGACUUCACCAAGGAGAUCCAGAACCUGAAGCGCUUGAGGCACGAGAAGCUGAUCCAGCUGCAUGCUGUCUGUUCGCUGGAUGAGCCCGUGUACAUCAUAACUGAGCUCAUGCGGAAAGGCAACCUCCACAGCUACCUCAACAGUCCUGAAGGGAAGUCCCUGGGCACCUCCCACCUGCUCAACAUCGCCUGCCAAGUGGCGGAUGGGAUGAGGUACCUGGAGGAGAAGCACAUUGUCCACCGGGACUUGGCGGCCAGAAACAUCCUGGUGGGAGAGGAACUCACCUGCAAAAUCGCCGAUUUUGGGCUGGCCCGGCUCCUCAAGGAUGACAUCUACUCCACCAGCAGCAGCACCAAAAUCCCGGUGAAGUGGACGGCCCCAGAGGCAGCCAACUACCGCACCUACUCCCUCAAGUCCGACGUCUGGUCCUACGGGAUCCUGCUCUAUGAAGUCUUCACCUACGGGCAGAUCCCCUACGAAGGAAUGACGAACCAAGAAACCGUACGGCAAAUCACCAGGGGCUACCGCCUCCCCCGGCCCAGCUCCUGCCCCCCUGAGAUCUACAGCAUCAUGCUGGAGUGCUGGAGCGGCAACACGGAGGAGCGGCCCACCUUCCUGGCGCUGCGGGAGAAGCUGGGCUUCAUCUACAGGCGCCUGCUCAACUCCCUCUCCUGAGGCCCCUUCCCACCACCCUUCCUGCAAAGCCCCCUCCACGCCAGCUCUUGCCGAGUGGCUCCUUCCUCCUCUCUCACCCUCCACCAGGGCUCCAAGGAAGGCAUGUCCCCCCCAAAAAACUGCCCGUGGCCCCUCUCGGUGAGGACGCAGGGAGGUGGCCAAGGGAAAAGGCAACGAGGUGGGGAGGAUUCGUUGCCAGAGCUUGGCCAUGUCUUGAGAAGCCCCGUGGCAGUGAAGGCAUCACCCCAGGUUCACAUCUCCGUUCAGCCAGUAGGGAGGGAGGUCCCUGCCGCUCCCCACACCCACAUGAAGGUUUGCAGUUUGUGUCCAGUC